GGUCUAGUGACGUCAAGUCUUCCUUCGCCGCCAUCUUGGAAGCCGGAUUUGAAGUUGUACUGUUUUUGUGCAAUAAUUUCGAAAUAAUUCUCUAUCAUCAUGGUUGUAGCGUAUUUAAGAAGGUUUCCAGAGUUGAUACCAUUAUUUGCUUGUGUCAGUGUUGGAUGUAUUGGUUGUGCCUGGUUUAUUGGCCGAACAGCAUUGUUAAGCCCAGAAGCAUCAUUUGAUAAAAAAGGAAAUCCUGAACCAUGGAACAGAGUGAAACACAAUGAACAACGUAGACUCUACUCACAAACAGAUUACAGCAAAAUGCCAGAGAGGCCAAGCUAUGAAGAAAAAUAAAUCUGAYGUAUACAGUACUUCAAAGAAACUUGUUAAUAAGAGUUCAUAUCAUCUGUGAAAUGUUCCUAAAUUCUUUUGUGUUGCUGAAGSUUGUAUCAAUGUCUUGAUUGAGUGAUAUUUUCCUUGAAUCAUUACAUCAUUAUUUUAACUUUGAGAUAUUUUUGUGAACAUGGCAUUGCCUACAUGAGUAAAUCUUUCAAUAAAAUUGGUGUUUGAUAAUUACAUA